AUGGAUACUUCAUGUUCAAAUGCCACAUUGAGCGGUAGUGAUGAUGAAGAAGAGGCUAAAGAAGCACCUGAUCCUCUAUAUUCUGUGCUAAAAGAUCCCACAAGAGAUAUGUCAAAACUGGUGUGACAGUUUUUAUUCCUCGAAACAUACUAAAAUCACCUAAGGUUGUUCAAUCUCUUGUUAGAAACAACAUUUCAUCUUCUGCAAUAUCUUCUGUUGUGCACGACAUUGUCACAGCAGUUGAUGGAGAUCCAUCUAAACUUAGCCUUAGCUAUGCAACAACACAAAGAUAUAGAGUUGAAACUGUCAAGACAAUUGCAGAUAAAAUUAAGGAAAAUUGGACUCCACCAUCCACUGCAAACCUCCACUGGGAUGACAAAUUGAUGGCUACCUUGGAUGGUGCUGGUCAACAAGAAAGAUAACUAGUUCUUCUAUCAGGUGUUGGCAGGACAAAGCUGCUAGGAGUACCCGCAAUUCCUCACAAGUCUACAGAAAAGACUGGGGAUUUGAUUUCAGAAGUUAGCAUUGAAUUAAUAGAGGAAUGGAAUUGUGCUGAGUGUGUGGCAGGUAUGGUUUUCGACACGACCAGCUCAAAUACAGGGUGCAAAACUGCUGCAUGUGUGGCGCUACAAAAUAGACUCAAUCGUCCCCUCUUAUGGUAUGCAUGUCAUCACCAUGUUGGUGAAAUCCUUCUGACUCAUGUGUGGGAUGUCUUGAAAAUUGAAGUGUCAAAAAGUCCAGAAAUUCUCCUAUUUAAAAGAUUUAAAGAGAAUUUUGCAUCCAUUACACACUAAAAUAAAGACCUUCACUUUCCAGAACUCCCUGUUGAUUUAUUGGAAAGAAAAAGUGAAGUUUUAGAACUGUGCAAGAACUACCUGAAGCAGCCGUUUAGCAGGGGAGGCUACAAGGAACUUGUCUCUUUAGCCCUUCUUUACCUGAGUGAAGGAAAUGAGGUAGAAGCAUUAGAAGGCUUUUCAUUCAGCAGACCUGGUGCAUUACACAAAGCUCGUUGGAUGGCAAAACUUCUCUAUGCCAUUAAAAUGGAUCUAUUGGGUACCAAAAUUUUGGGUGAACUUCCAAGAGGUGCUAUAUUUGCAACUUGUCAGCUCCAGAAUAUACGUCGUUUUGUUCAGUUUGUUGUUUUCUGUUAUAUCCCCUGGUGGCUGACAGCACCUGUACCCUCGACUGCACCAAAAAAUGAUCAACUACUCAUCAAUUCUCUCAUCAACUAUAAGGAAAUAGAUGAUGUGAUUGCUGUGGCAGCUAUCAAGUGUUUUGGUAACCAUAUGUGGUAUCUUACAGAGGAACUUGUACCAUUAGCUCUUUUCAGCAACACAAUAAAUGUUGACAAGAGAAGAUGGUGA